AUGGCGAUGUUAACUUACACGCUGUUCUCAUAUUUUUUGGUGUUUGGAGCUGGCACGAAUAGUUCAAAGUAUGUUAGACUUUCUCUUGAUAAGAAAAACCCCAUUGACCCAGGACAAUGUGACCAAUCUAAUCACGGCGAAAUAAAACUCGUUCAAGACAGACUUGGAGCUGAUAGAGUUCUUAUAUGCACAGAAGAAACCACCGAAUUCUUAUGGCAAACUAUCGAUGGGAGUUCCACUGUCGGUGAGUAUUUUAAUCCUGCACUUGACUGCUCAGAUGUCGUUGACAGAGUUCCUGAUGCCACUGACGGAUUUUACUGGAUAAAUUCAACAGCUAUAGAAGAUGUGGCUAAGGCAUGGUGUGACGUUACAACAGAUGGAGGAGGAUACUUGUUGGUUGCAAAGAAAGAUGACGCUGUCACAUGGACUGUUCCUUCAACGAAUGAAACUGUUGAUCCUUUUGGAAAACCUCAUUGGUCCAGUAUCUUUGGAAAAAUUAAUAUGUUAGAUAUACGUUUCCAAAUAUCAACAACAUCAAACUUUAAGGAUACAAAGGCUCAUUGGAGUUUCAGAUUGGCAAAUACGCGUCCUUUUGGUCAACUUCUUGUUCGCAAUUCUGGAGGAUGUACUAAAAAUAAUCCUGGAAUUGGUGAUAUUUCUUUCGUCAAAGACCUGCAGACAGGAAAAGUUGUAAACAGAAACUAUAGAUGCUCUCUUUUUAGUGGACACCUUUCACGAUUGAUUGGAUGGGGAAAGAUGAACAGAUGCCUUCAGCAGCCUUGCUCGCCUGGCUUUGCAUAUUUUGGUGGGGAAAGACUGGACGAUUCAGGCUCUUUCAGCUACAGUGCUCAUAGGAGGGCAGCAAGCUCUGGGAUAUUACACAGUAGUACUGCAUUUGUUGGGUGUUCCUAUGGAAAGUGCUGCGCGUGCUAUGGACCAAAAGGAGGAACAAAGAAUUACUGUUCGUCAGAUUGUACUCCCAUCAAUGAAGGCGAGAUAACAAAAAAUGUCCAUGUUUGGAUAUGGGUUCGCUCGUCCAUUCCAAAACGAGCCUGGAGAAAAUGUAUUGAAUACGUUGUUACGAACAAGAAUGGGAACAAUGUAACAUACAGUCUUGACGAAGAAACAGGGACACGACGAAAGGGUAAUUGUGCUCACACAAAUGAAGUAAAAAAGAAUGGUGCGGUAAGAAUACGUAUAACAAUUUGA